UCUUGGAUGAACAGGCAUCUCCGGAAGAAUCCGCUUUGUGAGAUGGUGCAGCCCACGGGUGGUCCAGCAGGGGACCAGGACGUGCUGGCUGACGAGUCUUCUCUGGGCAAGCCCACCAUGCUCCACCUGCCUUCGGAGCAGAGCGUCCCUGAGACCCUGCAGCGCUGUCUGGAGGAGAAGCAGGAACUCCGAGAUGCCAUCCGGCAGAGUAACCAGAUGCUCCGAGAGCGCUGUGAGGAGCUGCUGCAUUUCCAGGCCAGCCAGAGAGAGGAGAAGGCGUUCCUCCUGCAGAGGUUCCAGGAGGCGCGGCAGCUGGUGGAGAAGCUGAACGGGGAGAAGCUGGAGCUGAAGAGGCAGAGGGAGCAGGCCCUGCGUGAGGUGGAGCACCUCAAGAGAUGCCAGCAGCAGAUGGCUGAGGACAAGGCCUCAGUGAAAGCCCAGGUGACGUCCCUGCUAGGGGAACUGCAGGAGAGUCAGAGCCGCUUGGAGGCCGCCAACAAAGAGCGACAGGCUCUGGAGGGCAGGGCCCGGACAGCCAGCGAGCAGGCCAGGCAGCUGGAGAGUGAGCGGGAAGCGCUGCAGCAACAGCACAGUGUGCAGGUGGACCAGCUGCGCAUGCAGAGCCAGAGCAUGGAGACCGCGCUGCGCAUGGAGCGCCAGGCCGCCUCCGAGGAGAAGCGGAAGCUGGCCCAGUUACAGGGGGCUUUUCACCAGCUCUUCCAAGACUAUGACAGUCACAUCAAGAACAGCAUGGCCAGCAGUGAGCGAAACCGAGGCAUCCAGCUGGAGGAUGUGAAGCAGCAGCUACAGCAGGCCGAGGAAGCCUUGGUGGCUAAGCAGGAGCUGAUCGACAAGCUCAAGGAGGAGGCUGAGCAGCACAAGACAGUGAUGGAGACAGUCCCUGUGCUCCGGGCCCAGGCGGAGAUCUACAAGGCGGACUUCCUGGCUGAGAGGCAUGCUCGGGAGCAGCUGGCCGAGAAGAAGGAGACGCUGCAGGAGCAAAUGGAGCAGCUGCAGAAGGCCUACAGCAGGCUGAAGGCCAGCUCGCAGGAGGCCACCAGGGCUCAGAUUGAGGACAUGCGGAAGCGGCACGUCGAGGUCUCCCCUCCUCCCCUACCCCCUCAGCAGGUACAGGUCCCCUCCAUCAACGGAUGCUUGUUUUUUUUCCCAGCUCAUCACCCCUUUUACCCCCCCGAGGAGCCGCCCGAUUUCUGUUGUCCCAAGUGCCAGUAUCAAGCUCCGGAUAUCGACACCCUGCAGAUACACGUCAUGGAGUGCAUUGAAUAG